CUUUCGUAGCACCGGACCUCCAAUAGAAUUUUCUAGAACACCUUGUCGAAUCUGGUUGACGGCCACCUCAAAAUCACCUAUCACAUAUGCAAUUGCAAGUUAAUUUUAUUGACGUAGGUAAAUGAAAAUAAUGAGUUGAAUUACAUAAAAAAAAUUAGAUGACAUUAAAUACCACAAAUGCAAUUGCCGUCAAUUUAUAGAACCGCCAUCACCCAUCAGUACCACAGAGCUUUUUGAGAUUGUUGGGCUUCAUCUGUAGGCCGCUGUCUUUGUUUUUGGGCAUUUAGCGCAGCCCAUAUAACCGAACGCGGGAGAAUGGGAACAGAUCCAAUUGCCGGAGAGUUUAGCUGGGGCGGGGAUUCGGUCGCGCCAAGCCUGGCAUCGCCAUCGAGUGGAGGAUUAGGGUUUUUCUCCGUGCAGCAGCAUAUCAUUUGUAAUCCGCUCUAUAUAAUCUCCAUCCGCCGCAGUGCGAAAUGCAUUACUCGUUGGGAGAAGCCCCGAUUCGCAGGCAGCUCCUCUGUUCCUUACGAUUAAGUUUUCUUGUAUGGUUCUCUUCUUUUCGUCGUCGUCUUGGUUACUCUGGAUCAAUGGCCGGUGAUGCGUUUUAGCUUUUGUCCGUACCAUCUGAGAAGAGAAAUCUUCGUUCAUGAUGUUUCUUAGCUUCUGAGGCCGUUUUUUGAUUUCCUUACAUUUGAUUUCGUUUUCAAAUCAUGCCGUUUCCCUUUAUUCAUCUGGAACAUUAUCUAAUGAUUGUUUGAAAGAAAGGGCAGUGAUGACUGAAAUUUUACCAUCAAACUUUGAGGGCUCGGUCAUAAAUCUUGAGCUUGUUGAUGCAAAUAUAAUUUCUUUAUGCUGAGCCUUGCUAAAAUUUAAUUCUUGCUUUCGAUGCUGUUUUGUUUCGUGAAAUAUUCAUCGGUAUUCGGCAACAAUUUAGAGUCUCUGGACUACUUUCAAUUCGUAGUAAUUCAGUGCUGUACGUUGCCAAUAGGAAAAAUGGAUGCCUAGAUUCUGGCAGAUUGCAUAUUUUUUUUUCCGGGCUUUCUGCAUUCAGAUGGCUCCUACAUUUCUCAAAUGAAUUGUUUUCUUUCUUUUGUUAAUCUUACAUCCUCAAUUGUUUGAGCUUUCGCGUGGGGAGCAAGGUAGGCGACAAAUUAGAGUCUCUGAUGCACUUAUUCUCAGUAGUGCAUUAGUGCUGUACGUUGCCGAUAUUGAAAUUGUAGCUGAGAUUCUGUCAUGGUCUCCUUUAUUCAUGGUGGUUAUGCAUUCAGAUGCCCUCACAUUCCAUUCCGUAUUUAUCUAUAUUUUGCUAGGUCUGAAGUCUCAUCAUGCUUGAUGGAUCUGUGAGUUGAUAACCGAUUUGUAAGUUACUGGAAUUCAGGGUAGUGGUCCGCUAACGAUGCAGUUGGGGUUGCUUCGUCUUCGGUUUUCUGGGACAUUCCUUAUAAGUUGUAGGCCGUGGAGGAUUGCUGCUUAAGCUCUUGAGGGGCUGGAAUUUCUCUGUAAUGUUGAUUAUUGCAAAGAUGAUGAAGCACAUUUGACCCUUGCUUCAGUGAUUCGGAUCAAAUAUCCCAGCUCACCGAGGCCGUUCCCCCAGGAUAGAUUUGGCUGAUACUCCUUUGCGUAUGGGGAUGCUGUUGUCUCCAAUGAAAUUGGAAUAUCCCCUUAGUAGAGUAUAUAAUUAGCAAGUUCCCUUCUUUGUGCCCUUGUAUCAAUCAAUGGUAUGUAUAUGUUGCUAUUCAUGAAAUGAAGCUUCCUAAUGCGUGAAAUGAAUGUAAAUACGUUCUAUUGCCCUUAUCAGUUGUCACAAUGAAUUGAUAAAUAGUGUCUUGUGGCGAGGAACCAUGUAAUGGUUAGGUCUGACGUGGCGUGGGCAAUGUUUUGGCUUCUUGAUCUAAAAAGAUGUGGUCUUGAAUGGACCAAGGAAAAGUCAGAGAACGCCAAAAUGGUGCGGUGGUGCUGGCCAUCUUGUAGACCACUCAUUCGAUCAUUUUAAUUGCCAGAAGAGCCGACUCCGCACCACCAUUUGUAAUGUUAGCCUUUCUUUGAUUGCUGCCGCUACUCGCAUCGUAUCCCCUCUAAACUCGCAUCGCAUCAUUUCUCGUUCGCCAAGUAGGUGAUGUCCAAUGGCAUUUCUACUCCCCAAUUUCUCGGCCCCUCUCCUUACUGCCAAUAACAAUCCCAAGGAGAAGCCAUCAACCAGCUUUCAACUCCAGUCUUCCACCAGCUAUCUGCCGUCCUUCGCUGCCACAGCCACCGCCACCGCAGCGGCUGGUUCCAGUGCAUCGCCUUCGCCUCCCCUGCUUAACAGCUCGCCUCCUCCCACCACCUAUCUCAACCACCGCAAUAAUGAUUUCUACGUCAACUUGGGAUUGGCCGUCCGGACUCUGCGAGAGGACAUGCCUACCCUCUUCGCCAGAGACCUCAACUACGAUAUCUACAGGGACGAUAUAACGUUUCGCGACCCAGCCAACGUUUUCACGGGAAUCAGCAACUACAAGCUGCUAUUCUGGGCGCUGAGGUUCCACGGCAAGCUUCUGUUCAAGGACAUAGCUGUGGAGGUGUACAGGAUUUGGCAGCCUUCGGAUAAUGUGAUAUUGAUACGGUGGAAUGCGAAGGGGAACCCUCGGGUUCCAUGGGAGGCCAAGGGUGAAUUCCAGGGGACUUCUACCUACAAAUUGGACAAGAAUGGCAAGAUUUACGAGCACAAGGUUGAUAACUUGGCGUUUAACUUCCCACAAUCGCUCAAGUCCGCUGGUGUUUCCAUUGCCGAUUUGGUUGCUGCUUGUCCUGCUCGGGUCAACCCGACCUUCUUGUUGUGGCAGGCCCAGGCCGAGGACGAUGUCCCUGAUUCUGCCUGCUCGUGGCUGGAGUUCUACGACGCAGUCAGAGGGACGGUUGUGCGGGAAGGCUAUGAUGCUCUGCUCACUUGAAAGACCCCGAUUACGUACAGGCUGGCUUGUAAAGGAGAGAAAGCAAGACAGUUUUUGGGUAAAUUUGCAAUACCAAUGCAGUUGGCUACUGUAGUAAUGACUGAAUGAUGUGCAUGGAACAACGGCAGAGGUUUGGCUGCCGCUGUGUACAUAAUAUUAACGUAGUAAGGAUGGCAGAUAAGUUUAGAGCGAGAGCCUUAUUUGGUAGGAGCUCUCGUCAUAUGUCUAGGGAUAUAUUCGACGUAUUUGUUGCUAUACCAUUACCAUUACCAUUACCAUAGAUGAUGUAUCAUACUACACUUAGACUAUCCAUCGUCCUAGACGAAUUUGCAUUGGUUAAAGGGAAAUCAUGGUGGAUGCAUGUAGCUCGCUGUCGUUGUCACGCUUGAUAUAAACGUUCUAGGCUUCU